UACAUUUUUCGUUUCCAUAACAAAUUGAACUCAAACAAUAACACUGCACAUGCUGUCAUACAAACAAGGUAGUUAAACUAAAUCACUGUUUUACCUACAAGCUUAAAAUAAAUAACCUUUAUAUCAAAUUUAGAUUUCUCAUGCAAGCAUUUUUCAGAGACUAGGUAGCACACAUCGUUUUGAAUCCACAGCGAAUUCGGGAAAAUCAAACCAAAGUACUAAGAGAUCAAGACUGACGAAAAUAACAAAAUAUAUUGAUUUAGUAUGUGAUAAGACAGAGAAUUCACGUCUUGGGGGUUAUUUCCUUCACGUGUUUGAUCAGCACGCUGAAGAAAUCGAAUUCUCAUAUUUUAAUUUAAGAAGGAAUAGAAAACACAGUUCUACUGUAAUUUUCCACAGGAGUGAUAGGAUUUUGCAAAGGAAAUAUUAUAACAGGAACCAUCAAAAUGUCCGGGAAUAUUUUACAUGCAAUUCUUGGCUUUAUUGUUAUUGAGGCGACAUCGGUUCAGAUUUCUCAGGCUGUGGAUUCACAAUUGUUAACUUUUCUUCUCAACGAGAUGUCAAACUACCGCACCUCGUCCCUUGCAAUGGAGAAUGAAAUCAAUGAAUUGAAAACGGCCAUAGCCACUCUCACGUCACAUUAUAACCAACUACAGGGCCUCGUAACGUCACUUAACUCGCAGUGCAGAGACUGCGAGCAACAUCUGCUGAGUAACGUUAGUAAAGUUAAUUCAGACAUCCAGACAAUUGCCAGAGCGACCAAUACCUCAGUCCUUUACGUUGUUCGAAAACAUGAAGUUUUUGAAGAGCACAUUGAGAAGCUUCUUGCCAACCAAUCCAAAGAUUUCAAAACACAAAUACAGAACUUUAGUAGCCAUCCUGUAAUUUUCUCUGUUCACGGAAGCGCUGGAGACAAACUACAGUUUUCAGGGAUCAAAUUUUCCCAGGUUUCCAUCGAUACUCCGCCAAACUACAACGUGGCCACUGGAGUCUACACUGUUCCGGAAGACGGCUAUUACACCCUACGAAUCACGGACGGAAUCCUUCGCUCGCUUAAGAACCUCUCCCCCUUUAUGGUUGAUGGUCACCGCCAGACAGGUUGCUAUGGAUUAGAUCAGACAAACAACGCGUUUUCCGUCUGCCAGAUUUAUGUCUAUCUACGAGCAGGACAGCGCGUUUGGACUCAGGAUUCGCUCGAGUUCAUUCACACCAAUACCACGGUGUUCUCAGGGUGGAAGAUGUAACAAUAUUGUCUGUACAGUAACUUUCCGUGAUUUUUUGAUCAAAUUUAUGAUUUUUGAUUAUCAUUUCUUUUUCUUUAACAUACCUGCAGGUCAGUAGCUCACAGUCUGAAAAUAUCGGAUGGACGACCUGGGAGCUACAGUUGCAUGCGUGUUAAGAUUCAAAAAAAUUCCUCGGACAUUUAACAAUAGAUAUCGUCCCUUUACUCCCCUGUUAUUCUUGCAAACACCAUAACCAGCCCCGUAAAAUGAAGACAGUGGUGCAGUUUGUUUACAUGUAAAAAUGGCAACUCUAUUUGUAGGUAAAUUAAUUUACAUACUUAAUUUUCCGAGAUCAAUAAGCGUGUUUAAGCUAGAGAAAGUCUGGAGCAAGUAAAGUGACGAUAUCAGUAGUAAAUAGUCUGAAGAAUUUAAUGUUCUUAUAAUUUUUCCACAGAAUUUGUGUGAAUACAAGAUUAAUCAGUCCAAAACUAGCAUAAUUUUUGUGCGCCGUAGAACUUUUUAACACGUACACGUUAAUGUAGCUCCCAGGUCGUCCAUCCGAAUUUUUUUAGACCCAGGAGCUACAGACUUGCAGCUACCAUUAACAAUGCCUAAAAUAGUUAUGCUCCUACCAAAAUUUAUUCAUAGACCAUUACUAAUUACUAAAUCUAACAAUUACAGUAUACUACUACACAACGCGGGUAAUGAGAAGGGUGUUAUAUAAAUGCAACGAAUAAUCUUCAUGGGAGGACCCCACUCCCUGGAAAAAUCAUACUUCUUAACCGAGGUUUCUUAAAAUACCAUACAUAGUACAAUAACCGAAAAAAGGCCUCGGACCCCCUGGCAAACGUAAAUAAUAUCGCUCCUCGCCCCCCCCCCCGAAAUCUGGAUCCGCGAAUGAGCUUAAUAAACCUUCCAGUAAGUCAAAACAAAGUACCGAAUUUUAUUUAAAUAUUAAAUAUUUCUUUUCAUUUUUAUUACAAACCAUUUGAUGGAAAAUCCAUAUCUAAACAAUUUUGAACACAAAUUGAUUUUCCGCCCCAAUUUUUCACCCAAUGAGUUUAACAUUUUGUCUUUAAAUAAACAUACAUGUAGUUCAACGGAAUACAAAAUCGUCAGAAACAUCAUCUUGAAUACAUGUAAUGAUGUGCGUACUAUAAUUGUUUAUACAGAGCAGAAUACAUCACGUUAAGAAAGAAGCCAGAUGCUUUACACACCCUCCCCACAAAAA